AUGGGGAGAGAAACGGAAAUCCUCUCUCGCCUAGCCGCGAACCACCUCCACCUCGCUCAAUUCGAGCCCUUGCGCGGCGUUCUCCUCGCCCUCCGCGCGCGAAACCGCGAUUUUGCCCGCGAUAUUCUCCAAACCAUCGUCGCCCGAUCGGGUCGGGUCCCGAAUGUUGCGUGGUCCAGUUCCUGCUCCUCCCCCGCGCUCCUCACCUUCUUAUCCACGCUCGAGUUGCUGCAAUUGGAUAACGCUUCCUCGGCAUGGAACUUUGACUCCGAAAUGCUGCGUUUGCGCGCCGAGUUUCUCUUGUUAGUUCAGGAUUUGAUCGACCGGCUGCCGCAGGGUGAUAGAGAGUUGGGGAAUUGUAGAAGAGUUUUGGAUAGGGUUUUAGAAUUGGGCGUGAAGUGGCUGAGAGUGGACGGGGAUGGGAGUGAGAGUGUUACUGUAGUUGAAGAAGGAGAAUUGGUCAGUUUGAGGAAGUUGAUUUUGGAUCACGCGCGUGUUUUUGACGCGCUCUGUGGGAAUAUACAUAGGCAAAUUAGGCACUGGGACUGUGAGGAUUCCGGGGAGGGAAGUGAGGAGUUGGAAGAGGAGGAUGUUAGGGUGCUUCGUGGGAUACAGAGGACGGUGCAGGUUGUUCAUUUGGAUGCUAUGAGGGAGAGUCUUAAAUCGGGUGAUGCAGAAGGGGCAGUUUCUCACAUACGUUUUUUGCAUUUUGAUUAUGGAGUUGAGGAACAAUCUGAGUACCGCAUAGUUUUGAAAGAUCUCCUGAAGGUUGUCUUGUCAAAAAGUGAGAAGUUUGGGGACUCGUGGCUUAUCAUGCGUAAUCAAUUGCUACAAAUUUAUGGGGAAGCCAUUUCGUCAAAUUGUAGUGACAUAGUUCAAAUGUUGCAGAGUAUUCAUGACGAGCUAUUGUCUGAAGAGAUUGAAAUUGAUAGAGCUCAAAUUGAGUACUUCAUUCCACGUCCUCUUGUAAGGUUUCAAAAAUAUCUAGAAGAUGUGAAGUCUGGGAAGAAUUCAGAUGAUAAAGCUUUAUUCAUGAAUGAGGUAAUCAGGUAUUGCAAGACAGAUAUGUACCAUUAUGCCCGAGUUUCUGGACUACAUGUUCUUGAGUGUAUUAUGGAUACUUCCCUGUCUGCUGUGAAGAGGGAGCAGCUGGAUGAAGCUAGCAAUAUCCUCCAAUUGUUUCCACUACUUCAGCCUUUAGUAGCAGCCAUGGGUUGGGAUUUAUUGGCUGGUAAAAUAGCAGCACGGAGGGAAUUAAUGCAACUUCUCUGGACAAGUAAGUCACAAGUAAUUCGGCUUGAAGAAUCUUCUCUUUAUGGUAAUAAAUCAGAUGAGAUGUCCUGUGUGGAGCAUCUAUGUGAUACUUUAUGUUAUCAGCUUGAUCUCGCCUCUUUUGUUGCUUGUGUGAAUUCUGGCCAGUCUUGGAAUUCAAAAUUCUCAUUAAUGCUUUCUGGCAAAGAGCAAGUGAAACUUAGCGAUGAAGAUGCUUAUUCUGAUCCUUUUGUUGAGAAUUUUGUGUUGGAACGACUUUCAGUCCAGAGUCCUCUUCGGGUACUAUUUGAUGUUGUUCCAGGUAUAAAAUUCCAGGAAGCCAUUGAAUUGAUUACUAUGCAGCCAAUUUCUUCUACUAUAGAAGCUAGGAAGAGGAAGCAAGAUAUAGAACUCAUGCAUAUGCGUUAUGCUUUAGAAUCAACUGUUCUUGCUUUAGGAGUAAUGGAAAGGAGCAUGUCUGAUGAAGUAGAAAUCCAUCAAGAUGUGCCAUUAUUUCAUUUAAAGGACUUGCAGAAUCAUAUGAAUGCAAUUAAUAAUCUUCCACGCAAGAUUUUGAUGGUGAAUGUCAUUAUUUCACUACUGCAUAUGGAUAACACCUCUGUUAACCUGAUGCAUUGUGGAUCACCAGGAAGCAGUUUCAAAUUACCCAAUGCAUGGUCUUCUGAAGAUAGUUGUUCAACUAGAAGUGAAGGGGGCAAUGAAAUGGUUAUACCUUUUACUGGUUUGCUACUUGAUAUAUUGGGGCAUAAUAUUCCAUCCUCUAUGAUUGAAUUAGAAAACACACUAGAUGAUUGUGUUAGCACAACCAGCAGACAGGCCCUUGAGUGGAGAAUCUCAAUCUCAAAACGUUUCAUUGAAGAGUGGGAAUGGCGUUUGUCAAUUUUGCAGCAUCUCCUACCAUUAUCUGAACGCCAAUGGAGAUGGAAAGAGGCACUGACAGUGUUACGUGCAGCCCCCUCCAAGCUACUCAACCUUUGCAUGCAGAAAGCAAAGUUUGAUAUAGGAGAAGAAGCGGUUCAUCGGUUUUCACUAUCUGCGGAAGAUAAAGCUACUCUCGAGUUAGCUGAAUGGGUAGAUAGUGCCUGCAAAAAAACAUCUGACCUAGUUAUUGAUUUUGCAAAUAUAUACCUUGUUGAUGAUGUGGUGUCCCGUGUACAGGAUUUAGAUUUUUCCUCUUUAUGCUCCCAGUUGGGUCCCUUGGCUACAGUAAGUGCCUAA